CACAUCCUCAGAGCAUAACCAGAGAAGAUGGUCGCAUCACUCGCAGGCAAGACUGUUGUUGUCGUCGGGGCCACCUCUGGCAUAGGCUACGGCGUCGCGAAAGCGUGCUUGCUCUCUCAGGCCGCGCACGUCGUCGUCGUGGGCACCACCAAGGAGAAGGCGGAGCACACAGUCCAGCGGCUGCGCACCGACAUCGCUGCGGAGACAGCCAGUGCCCCUGCGGGGACUCUCCUGCCCGUCAGCGGUACCAUCGCGUCUGACGCGCUCGACGCACACGAUCUUGCGUCCGUGCGCGCGUUCUGCGAUCGUGUCGGCGAGAUCGACCAUUUGGUCUGGACCAGUGGCGAUCCACUUCGCGUGGGCUUCCCACAGGCACUAAGUCUCGACGAGCACCGAGACGCAUUUGAUGUCCGAUUCUGGGGCGCAGCGCAAGCUGCACAGUCUAUCAAGAUUCGCAAGGGCGGGUCUAUUACGCUGACCAUUGGCUCGGGCAUUGCUCGUCCUCGCCAGCAAUGGUCGCUGGCAGUUGGUGUCCUUGGUGCUGUCGAUGCCCUCGUCCGCGGUCUCGCAGUCGACCUCGCUCCCGUGCGCGUGAAUGUCGUCUGCCCUGGCGUCACAGACACUGAGCUCUGGAGAGCCAUGGACCCCGUCGCAAAACAGAAUAUGUUCGAAGCUGUCGCGAAGACACUCCCCGUUGGGCAUAUAGGCUCUGCAGACGAGGUUGCUGAGGCCUAUCUUUUCUUGAUGAAAUGCAGUUUUGUUACAGGUCAGCGCAUCGAAGUCGACGGAGGAAACAGGCUCUCGUGAGGAAAUAUUGUGUCUAUAGCAAGCGUUUGUGUAUGAAAUCAUGAGUAGUAAUGUCCAGUCGGAAUUUUACUUCAGUACGCACUGCGCGUGAAGCAAGAUGUAUGUACCAACUACCACCGUGGGAUUAAGUUCUCUUCUGCCUCAGACCAUCACUACAUGUAAUUCUUGACCACGUAGCAGGCGCAUGAUGGUGCACUACUGCUUGAGCCUUGCCAAGGGCUAGCGCUCAUUAGGCAUCUAGAGUAGACCACGGAGACAGUGUAAAG